CAUUCCGGCCCGCCGCUCCCUCCGUUCCUUCUCCCUUCCCCGCUGUGGCCCGCGAGCCGCCAGCGAAGGAGCACGCGCGCGUGACGCGGCCCGGCCUGCUCGCGCGCUCCCUCGCCCCAGCGUCCGCCGCCCGCUCAUGGCCCCGGCCGCGGCGGACGAGCCGCGCUGAGGCCGGCCGCGCGAAGCCGUGGGGCCGCCGCUGUGGCCCUCGCUGUCCGUGCCUCGCCGCCAGCCCGCGGGGCCCGCGCACGCCGGCCGCCAUCGCCUUCGCGCCUGGCUGGCGGGGGCGCUGUACUCCCCGGCGGCCCGCGCGGUUCCCUGGAGCUCGGCGGAGCGCGGCUGCCAGGGCCGGCGGAGGCGCGAGGAGCCGCACACCGCUGCCUGUGUCGCCGCCAGCGCCGCGGGGGCCAUGACCGUGGAGCAGAAUGUGCUGCAGCAGAGCGCGGCGCAGAAGCACCAGCAGACGUUUUUGAAUCAGCUGAGAGAAAUCACUGGGAUUAAUGAUGCCCAGAUACUACAGCAAGCCUUGAAGGAUAGUAAUGGAAACUUGGAAUUAGCGGUGGCUUUCCUUACUGCAAAGAAUGCCAAGACCCCUCAGCAGGAGGAGACAACUUACUACCAAACAUCACUUCCUGGCAAUGAUAGAUAUAUCAGUGUGGGAAGCCAAGCAGACACAAAUGUGAUUGAUCUCACUGGAGAUGAUAAAGAUGAUCUUCAGAGAGCAAUUGCCUUGAGUUUGGCGGAAUCAAACAGGGCAUUCAGGGAGACUGGAAUAACUGAUGAGGAGCAAGCCAUUAGCAGAGUUCUUGAAGCCAGCAUAGCAGAAAAUAAAGCAUGUUUAAAGAGAACACCUACGGAAGUUUGGAGGGAUUCUCGAAACCCUUAUGAUAGAAAAAGGCAAGACAAAGCUCCUGUGGGACUGAAGAAUGUUGGCAAUACUUGCUGGUUUAGUGCUGUUAUUCAGUCAUUAUUCAAUCUUUUGGAAUUUAGAAGAUUAGUUCUGAAUUACAAGCCUCCGUCAAAUGCUCAAGAUUUACCCCGAAAUCAAAAGGAGCAUCGGAAUUUGCCUUUUAUGCGUGAGCUGCGGUAUCUAUUUGCACUUCUUAUUGGUACUAAAAGGAAAUAUGUUGAUCCAUCAAGAGCAGUUGAAAUUCUUAAGGACGCUUUCAAAUCAAAUGACUCCCAGCAGCAAGAUGUGAGUGAGUUUACACACAAAUUAUUAGAUUGGUUAGAAGAUGCCUUCCAAAUGAAGGCUGAAGAAGAGACGGAUGAAGAGAAGCCAAAGAACCCCAUGGUAGAGUUGUUCUAUGGAAGAUUCCUUGCUGUGGGAGUACUUGAAGGUAAAAAAUUUGAAAAUACUGAAAUGUUUGGUCAGUACCCGCUUCAGGUCAAUGGAUUCAAAGAUCUACAUGAGUGCCUAGAAGCUGCUAUGAUUGAAGGAGAAAUUGAGUCCUUACAUUCAGAGAAUUCAGGAAAAUCGGGCCAAGAGCAUUGGUUCACCAAACUACCACCUGUGUUAACAUUUGAAUUGUCAAGAUUUGAAUUCAAUCAGGCAUUGGGAAGACCAGAAAAAAUUCACAACAAAUUAGAAUUUCCUCAGGUGUUGUAUCUGGACAGAUAUAUGCACAGAAACAGAGAAAUAACAAGAAUUAAGAGGGAAGAAAUCAAGAGACUAAAAGAUUACCUCACAGUAUUACAACAAAGACUAGAAAGAUAUUUAAGCUACGGUUCGGGUCCCAAACGAUUCCCCUUGGUAGAUGUUCUACAGUAUGCAUUGGAAUUUGCUUCAAGUAAACCUGUUUGUACAUCUCCCAUUGAGGAUAUUGAUGCUAGUUCCCCACCUAGUGGUUCCACACCACAGACAUUACCAAGCACAACAGAACAACAGGGAGCCCCUUCUUCAGAACUGCCAAGCACAUCACCUACAUCAAUAGCUGCCAUUUCAUCGAGAUCAGUAAUACAUAAACCAUUCACUCAGUCUCGGAUACCCCCAGAUUUGCCCAUGCAUCCAGCACCAAGACACAUAACAGAAGAAGAGCUUUCUGUGCUAGAAAGCUGUUUACAUCGCUGGAGGACAGAAAUAGAAAAUGACACCAGAGAUUUGCAGGAAAGCAUAUCCAGAAUCCAUCGAACAAUUGAACUAAUGUACUCUGACAAAUCUAUGAUCCAAGUUCCUUAUCGCUUACAUGCUGUUUUAGUUCAUGAAGGCCAAGCUAAUGCCGGGCACUACUGGGCAUAUAUUUUUGAUCAUCGUGAAAACAGGUGGAUGAAGUACAAUGAUAUUGCUGUGACAAAAUCAUCAUGGGAAGAGCUAGUGAGGGACUCUUUUGGUGGUUAUAGAAAUGCCAGUGCAUACUGUUUAAUGUACAUAAAUGAUAAGGCACAAUUCUUAAUAAAAGAGGAGUUAAAUAAAGAAACUGGGCAGGCUCUUGUUGGAAUAGAAACAUUACCACCGGAUUUAAGAGAUUUUGUUGAGGAAGACAACCAGCGAUUUGAAAAAGAACUAGAAGAAUGGGAUGCGCAACUUGCCCAGAAAGCUUUGCAGGAAAAACUUUUAGCAUCUCAGAAAUUGAGGGAGUCAGAGUCUUCUGUAACAACAGCACAAGCAGGAGAACCAGAAUAUCUAGAGCAGCCAUCAAGAAGUGAUUUCUCAAAGCACUUGAAAGAAGAAACUAUUCGAAUAAUUACCAAGGCAUCACAUGAACAUGAAGAUAAAAGUCCUGAAACAGUUUUGCAGUCGAAACCUGAAAAUACCACAAGCCAACCACCUUCUAACCAGCAAGUUGUAGAGGUGGCGAUUCCCCAUGUAGGGAAAUUCAUGAUUGAGUCAAAGGAGGGGGGUUAUGAUGACGAGAUCAUGAUGACACCGAACAUGCAAGGUAUUAUCAUGGCGAUAGGUAAAUCCAGGAAUGUAUAUGACAGGUGUGGCCCUGAAGCAGGGUUCUUUAAGGCAAUUAAGUUGGAGUAUUCAAGAUUGGUUAAAUUGGCCCAAGAAGAUACCCCACCAGAAACAGAUUAUCGUUUACAUCAUGUAGUGGUCUAUUUUAUCCAGAACCAAGCACCAAAGAAAAUCAUUGAGAAAACAUUGCUAGAACAAUUUGGAGAUAGAAACUUGAGUUUUGAUGAAAGGUGUCACAACAUAAUGAAAGUUGCUCAAGCCAAACUUGAAAUGAUAAAACCUGAAGAAGUAAACUUGGAGGAAUAUGAGGAGUGGCAUAAGGAUUAUAGGAGAUUCAGGGAAACAACCAUGUAUCUCAUAAUUGGGCUAGAAAAUUUUCAAAAAGAAAGUUAUAUAGAUUCCUUGCUGUUCCUUAUCUGUGCUUAUCAGAAUAACAAGGAACUCUUGUCCAAAGGCCCAAACAGAGGACAUGAUGAAGAAUUGAUAUCACAUUAUAGAAGAGAAUGUUUACUAAAAUUAAAUGAGCAAGCAGCAGAACUGUUUGAAUCUGGAGAGGAUCGAGAAGUAAACAAUGGCCUGAUUAUCAUGAAUGAGUUUAUUGUCCCAUUUUUGCCCUUGUUAUUGGUGGAUGAAAUGGAAGAGAAAGAUAUACUUGCUGUGGAAGACAUGAGAAAUCGAUGGUGUUCCUAUCUUGGACAAGAAAUGGAAUCAAACCUCCAAGAGAAGCUGACAGAUUUUCUGCCAAAACUGCUCGAUUGUUCUACUGAGAUUAAAGGUUUCCAUGAGCCACCGAAGUUACCUUCAUAUUCCACACAUGAACUCUGUGAGCGGUUUGCCCGAAUCAUGUUGUCCCUCAGUCGAACUCCUGCUGAUGGAAGAUAAACUGCACACACUUUCCCUAAACACACUGUAUAAACUUUUUUUAGUUCUUAACCCUUGCCUUCCUGUCACAGGGUUUGCUUGUUGCUGCUAUAGUUUUUAACUUUUUAUUUUAAUAACUGCAAAAGACAAAAUGACUAUACAGACUUUACCCAGACUGCAAACAAUAAAACUGAGAAUCGCAUGGCGCUCAGACUUUGUUUUAACCAGAACUGAUGUAUAAUUAUAAAUCUGAUUGAUUUCAUUAUGGCAAAACCAUGCUUUUGCCACCUUCCUGUUACAGUAUUACGUUUGCUUUUAUCUUUUCUUUAUCUACAGCUUUCCAUUCAGUCUGGAUCCUUCCACGACUAUAGCCAUUUAAGUGUUCAGCACUGUGUACACGAUACAUAAUACUUGGUAGCUUGUAAAUGAAAUUAAAGAAUAAAGUUUUAUUUAUGGCUACCUACGUGUUUGUAAGCAGGUAUAUUGUAUAUUAGUGUAUCAUUUUAGUUAUAUAUAAGUGAAUUUUGUCUGGGGAUUGUGUAAGAUCGGAUGAAUAGAUGAAUAGAUUAAUACAAACUUUUAAUUUUUCUCUGUUAGCACAUUGGAAAUUUACUAAGUAUUUGACACUUAAAUAUAUCUAUAUUUUUGACUAAGUUGUUAAACUCAGUAUGGCACCUAAACCUGUUUUGAAUUCAAAUCAGGUUUUCACUGAAGUGAGCGGCUGAUAUUUAAGUCAACCACACUGAAACUUAACUUUUUCUUAGAUUAACCUUUUAUUUUUUUAUGUAUUUACAAAUAAUAUAGCAAGGUGAUUAUUUCAAGAGAUACCAGAAAAAAGUACUUGAAUAAGGGCUAUUUAAUAGUGAAACUUAUAAAAAAUCUGUAUAUGUAUAUACACACACAUACACACACAUUCUUCAUAAUAGAGGACAGUGUUUUGCAUUAUAUAAUCAUUCUAUUUUUGUAAAUUGUAUACCACUUCAAUUGAAAAUGUUCUCUACUAAUCAAUGCUGUGAAAUGAAGUUGAUAUUGUUGAUAUACGAAUAUCUUUCCCUGCUUUUAUUUUCCUCCUUUUCAAAAAGAAAAAGCUGUAGAACAUUUUGUAGAUGGAACUGCUGUUUAAGAUUAAUGAAGUCAUAUUGUGAAUGAAAAUCAAUGCUUUAAAGGUAAUCAUGUUACCAAUAACCUAUUUUUGAAUUUAUAAAAAUUUCUUUAUAAAUGAUACUUUGUUAGCAUAGUAAAAUAUAUCAUUAUACUAUGUGUAUGUUUGUUACAGCGUCGCCAAAACUUAGAACUCUCUUUAAGUGCCUCUCAUAAAAGAUCCUGGACAGAGUAGGAAGAAGAAGAUACUAAGCCAUUAUAUAAUGUUCCCUCUCAAGGUAUCAGUGCACUACUGAGGUAUUAAUGACAAGGACUUGGUACUGUUUCUUUUGUAAGGUUAGAUUUUGCACAUUGGAGCUAUCAAAAUGUGUUUUGGUUUAGAUUUUAAAUUCUCUACUGAGCAGUAGUAGUAUUCUGCAUUGGUUUUCAGGUCCUGUGCAGAGUUUUAAAACUCCAUAUGUAUCAUCAAAGCAUUUGUAAAGUAUCUUCGGUAUUACAUGAUAUUCUACCGUAAUGGUAAAGUUGCUUGUGUUUAUGUAUAUAAUUGACCACUGGGGCACAGGUGCUCAAACACCAUAUGGAAAUCACUCCCUUCACAAGGCACAUCCAGGGAAUCAUGAGGCUCAUGCUGAAGGUAAGUAUUAUUAUUGUAUUUCCUUUUCUACUUAAAAGCCAGUUGAUUCAUUCCUAUUAAUGAACCCGAGUACUUACUUCAAAAAGUGACCUUUUUUGAAGACCUGGGGAAACAACUUGUUUUUAUAUCAGUAAGUUUCAAUCUGGUCUAAACUUAGAACCACGGUACUAGAUAAAACGAUCAGUAGCAUUUUAUGUACCUUAAAUUGAUGCUGUUUAACUUCCAUUUACUUCUGAUCCCUUGUUUGUUGGAGGCUUUUCAGUAUUUCCUUCAGUUGCAAUUUCAAGGAAGUAACUAAAAAUUUGUUUUCUUAGUUUUAGAUUUAUUGAGACUAAGGUGGAUUUUCUCCUCCUAUACCUAAUUCUCCAGAGUUCAGUGUCUUUGUUUAUGAUUCAGAGUUGUUGACUUCUGCCUCUGAAUCCUACUGCCAUCCCCCAAAAGUACAGUCACUCAGAUGCUUGUGGGCAGUGAGUAGGGAUACCCUUGUGUAAUCAUUUUUUUUUAAUUUAUUGUACAUCAUUAAGCGGAUUAAAUAUCAUUUGUGCCCAUGAUAACUUCAUCCAAAGUAUGUAUAUUACUCUCAGGGCUGCCAUAACAAAGUACUACAAACUCGAUGGGUGGCUUAUGGAACAAAUUUAUUUUCUCAGAGUUCUGGAGGCUAGAAGUGUAAUGUGCGGGCAGGUGUAGUUUCCCGAGGCCUCUCUCCCUUGGCUUAGAGACAGCAGCCUUCUUGCUGUGUCCUCACGUGGACACCAGUCAUAGUGGGUGAGGACCCCACCCUUACGACCUCAUUCAGUCUUUUUUAAAAGUCCUGUCUCCAAAUACAGUUACAUUGGGGGGAGCCGGCUUCAACAUAAGAUUUGGGGGCUGGGUAACAAUUCAGUCCACAGUGUGUGACAGCCUAGUUUAUGUACCUCCUUACCAGACACAAAAGUAUGAUAGUCUCUUCCCUUUAGCCUCAGGAUUGCAAUGCAAGUAUCUGUAGUUCUCCUCUUCUAUCUGCUCUGUUGUCUUCUUUUACUUUCACCGUAUUCUAAAAACUAAAGUUACAGCAGACCAAAUUUAGAAUUGCUCACAAUACAUUCACCUAAUCAGUAUCAGUUCAGUGUGUUUUCAUUGAACAGAUAUUUACUGAAUGAAUGAAAUAGUCUAUGUUGAGCUGCCCUUGUUUAUGUGGGUUUUCUUUUUUUGUUUUUGUUUUUCCAUCAGUUCCACUUUGUACCGUGGAUCUGUUUCUAUUUUGCUAGUGUUUUUAUUUUUACCUACUCCACUUCCCUUUUCCAUCCCCCUUUCCACCCCCAGCACGGAGGUAACUAUUGUUAACCACUCUGGCCACAUAUUUUUCCAUGUUUGGGUAAUGUUAUGCAGUAUAUACACAAAAGUGUUGGGUUUUGGUGGGGGUGGGGAAGCAGAAAAGGAAAGGGUCAUCUAUUUUAUGCAUCCUUUCUUCUCCUCACUCCUGUACUUUCUGGCCUUCAGUUCUUUCUUUUUCUAAUGAGCUUUGAUAGAAGUGACAGUAAUCAAAUAAUAAUAAAAACUAUGACACUAAUAAUAAAAGUAAAUGAAUCAUGAUUGAGGGAACUAUAUACACAGUUGAAUACACAUAUACAUACACAUUGGAAUUUCGAGUAUCCUUACUCAUUCUAUGCACAGGUUUUCUCAGUGGCUAUUUCAAACCACUACCAUCCUCCACCUCCUAUUCAAUGCCAGCUCUAGUAAAACAGGAUGAUUUUUCCUUUGCCUUACCAAGAAAAUGGGACCAUUGGGUAUGAUACCCUUCAACUUUAACCUCCAUACCCAUACAUUUAUAGUUAGUUAACCAAGGUGUAAUAGGGGAUUAAUAUUACUGAUAACCCACUGUUACGAAGAAAAUAUAAAAUCAGGGGCGCCUGGGUGGCUCAGUUGGUUAAGCGACUGCCUUCGGCUCAGGUCAUGAUCCUGGAGUCCCAGGAUCGAGUCCCGCAUCGGGCUCCCUGCUCAGCAGGGGGUCUGCUUCUCUCUCUGACCCUCCUCUCUCUCAUUCUCUCUCUCUCUCUCUCAAUAAAGUAAAAUAAAAUAAAAAAUCUUUAAAAAUAUAUAUAUAAAAUCAAAUGUGUAAAAUGAACUUACACAUUAAAAGUUAAAAGUACAUCCAUUAUUUGGGGAGCAUAUUUGCUCUUCUGUAGAAUUCAAAAAGCUUAUUUUUGUCUUAUAUCAGCCCAAAGCCUGUAAAACAUCAGUUUGUCCUUUAGCAAAUGGUUCUCACUUUUUCAAUAAUCUAGAGCUAGGCAAGUAUUCUUAACCCUGGUUCUGCAUAAAAGCACAUGAGGA